CGAACACCGAACACCGAUCAGCGAUCAACGCAACGGCAGAAAUAUGGACACGGUGUAUGGGACAAAGAAAUACUUCCAGAGUCUAUCGGGUGUGAGUGAUAUAUACAGAGCGCAGACAUGUCGGCAAAUGAGCACGGACUACACGUACCAGAACACUCUGGGGCGUAGAUCACAGUUGGGGGCCUACUACCACAUGAACAAGCAGCCCUCGUACACAAACGAUCAUAGCAUCAACAGCCAGUACGGAUACAAUACGUGGGGCAUCUGGCGGGAUGGCCGGAACAUAGCCCCGUCCACGUUCUCGGCCAAGACGCAGACGCAGUAUCCAAAGAACCGAUCCUUCUCCAUCAUCCUCACGACGGCCGCUUUUAUAGUUCUCCUGGCGGUGAUCUCCAUAGCGGGUCUGGCAUUCUACUUCAGCUCCAUCAAGGCCACCCUCGAAGAUCCAAUCAUGGGCUUUGAGGGUUCGUUCCGCAUUGCCAAGGGGGAUCUGUACUCGACGGGCCUGAAGUACAACCACACCACCACCUACAAGCAGAAGAUCGACUUUUACAAGCGCUUCGUGGAACGAUCCCUCACGGACAAUGGCCUGCAGCCGCUACGUACCGAUGUCUGGGGAUUCGGCGAUGGUCCUCUGAUUAAGGUCUCUUUCCGUGUGUUCCUCGACGUCCGUAAACUUCCGCAGAAUAUACUCAGCGUGGAGGAGUACAUCAAGGAGUCUCUGUUUUUGGAGACAGCGGCCACCAAGUCACUCUAUCGCUCGCUCCGCCUGGACACGGAGUCUGUGGAGAUCAAGCGGAUCAUGGACGAGCAGGUGGUGCGAUCAGCGGCAAUCUUAAAGGAGGCUCAAACGGUGCCCACUAGUCAGACCCAGCUGGAGAAGCGGCUCAUGAAGAAGGGAACGCCUGCCCCGGCACUGCACCCACUGAAGCCACUGGGCAACACCACACCCAAGCCCCGCAAUCCACUCGUUCGCAAUCACUCAGCCGACGAGGAGCCGGAGAUCGAUGUGGAGAAUGCGCCCGUCAUUCAGGGCUCCUUCGAGGGAUCCUUCGAGAUAACCAAAACGGAUGCGGACAUUGCCCGCAAGAAGAUCCCGCCCACACGGGCCUACCAGAGCAGCAGCAGCAGCAGCAGCAGCCUGCCACCCAAAUCGAUAGCUGUCACGCCGUACUCCCUCCGGGUGAAGCCCAAGAAGCCCGGCAUUGAGAAGCUGACGACUAUUGUGCCCCAGCAGCAGCAGCAGCAGCAGCCUUCCAUGCCACCGGCCACCACUAAGGCGACCAAGAGCACUAGUACCAGCACCAGCACCAGCACCAGCACUACGACAACAAGUACAACAACAACCACAACACCCAAACCGACAACAACAACAACAACCACAGCUGCAAGUACCACCACCAAGGCAGCAGAGCCAUCACCACCACCACCCCUGAGCACCAGCACCCCUCUGCCCAGCACCACGACAUUCACGUAUCCGCCCGUGACGGCGCCCACUCCCACCCACAGCAUGUCCCUGCCCAAGCUGGAUGCGAAUCUCUUCACCACGUUCCCCAUACUGGACACGCAGCCCUGGCGACCGAUGCACCGUGAAGUGCCAGAGCUCAUGGCUGGACCGCCGCCCGCUUUUCCAACCAAAACUCUGCCUGUGGCAGGCGGAACCACGCCCACUGUCAAUCAUAUACCGCAGAGGCGGAACGACGAGCUGGAGCUGCCGUUUAUAGGAGACAAUCCCACGCCACCGACAGCCGCUGUGGCGCCAGUGACCAUCGAUGAUCCGUAUGGGCCCAUGUCCAUUGCCGGAUUCCUGAAUCAGGGAGUACGCAUAAGCGAGCCGAAGAUGCCGGAGACGGCAGGUGCAGGCCAGGAGCAGCAGCAGCAGCAGCAGCAGCUGCAGGAUCAGGAUAUGCUCUUCUACCACAACUUUGGCAGUCCGAUCUUCAUGCCAGGCACUGAGAAUAUUGAGCGCCUGGGCGGAGCUCUGGUCGAGCCGCAUCCCCUGCCUGUGCCCCUGAUUGAUGACGUCAUUAUACCACCAUUCAAACCGAUCGAUCCCACGCUGGGAACGGGGGACAAGCUGCCCUUCAACAUCGAUGCCAGCAACGAGAGAUUCGAGCACUUGGGCGGCGGUGUCAUAGCCAAGAAGCAGGAGAAGCCGCAGAAGCAGGAAACCUCCACAAGGCAGGGUCCCGUUGAUGUCACCACGCAGAGGAUCAACCACACCAGCACAGCUCCUCCUCCUACCCCUCCUGCUCCAGUGAGGUUCGUGGUCAGCAGCUCACCCAGGCCCACGAGCGCUCCCGCUCUGCCCUCGCUGAAACCGACGGACAAUUCGGUGCUGGCCGACACCAUUGGAGAGUUCUUCAUGGAGCUACUGAACCUGCCCAAGGAGGGUAAUGCCACCACCAGGAGCAGCACCCCACAGCCAGAGCCAGAGCCUGAGCCUGAGCGGAAGCAGGAGCUGGAGAUCGAUGAAGUAGAGUCAAGGAUAGAGCCCGAAGAAACCGAGACGCCGAAGCCGCACACUGGGCAUCAUAACUCCAAGCCGAACUUUAUGAACAUGAAGGAGCACAUCCUGCAGCGCAAUACUCCAUCCUUGAUUCUGUCCAAUGACAGCCUUGAAAGCACGACAAGCUCCACGACUACCACGACCACGACCACGACCACAUCCAGCACAACUACAGAGGAGCCAAGAACCGUCAGUGGCAUUUCCAACAGAAACCGCAUCCGGACGACCAGCGAGCGGCCCACAAUGAUGGACGACUCCAACCUGUUCCCCUCACACUCCAAGUGGGAGUUUGUCAACAGCUCGUCCGCGCAGAACUACGGACACAAUUCGAAUAUGCGGAAGAUCUUUAACAAGACGCUGCAGGCGUGGGUAUCGGAGGACAUUGACAAGUCGGAGAACCUGACGCUGAACGACAUCAAGACGCGGAUCAACAAUGCCAGCAACAUCCAGGACAUUUCGCUGAUCUUUGACACGCUGGCCUCCAAGCUGGGCAUCACGCCGAGCGUUCCCAACAAGUUCCCGCCCUUCUCGCAGAACAAACUGAAGCAUCCGCCGAAGGAGGAGACCAGAGUGAGGCCAGCGUUGCUGGUUUCAACGACCACGGAACUGCCAGUCCAAGAAUCGAGCUUGAAGAGCCACAUAGACCAGCGGGAGCCAUUCAUUAAGCCAAUGUCCAGUUUUAUGGACGACGGAUCCUCAGAGGGGCUGGGAGCAGCCAUUCCAGUGGUUGGCGAGGCGGAGGUGGAAGUGGUGGACCCGCUGAAGUACGAGGAGCUGCUGAAGAUCUCACAGUUCGCCCACGAGCCCACAUCCACCACGGAGCCGAGCGUGCAUCGGCUGGUCACCCUGCUACCCGUGCGCUCCAAUUCGGGCAUUCGCACCUACAAACCCCCCACCGAAGACUUCGAAUCGCAGCGUAGCAGUGAGAGCGGGACUUCCCCCGUUCCCGGCCAGGGAAGUGGCGCAGCCAACAUACGGCGAAAGAUCAACCUCAACCAGAGCCGUAGGUUCGGGCAGCCACCGGCCGAGGCGGUCGUUAAGGGUGGCAUCAAGGUCACAGUCAAGAAAUGAUCAUCGAGCAAGGACAGAGUCGGCCAAAUAACUUCAAGAUGAGAUUAUAAAAAGGAUCAAGAUGAGUUUUCAAUAUGCAGUAGGUCUUUGGAAACGAUUUGUAGCUAGCUCUAAGUAGGGAAUAAAACGUUGGUUAGUUCGGUUCGUUAAUCGGAAUGUGCAAAUAACAAAAUCUUGUUCGAAAAUUGUUCGCGUGCCGGAACAAUUUUGGAAUGACAAUUCCUGUUAUUCUUUGGGGCGCUAUCUGUGUGGUGUGUCUGCCAAUCCUCAGUAUUUAAGAUUCAUUAUACAUAUUACAUUCCUUGUCUAAGUGUGGAAUCAAUAAACUUUAGUUAUAAUUUGUAUACGAAGCUACGAUUUAAAUAUAUUAUUUUUCAGUUCAAUGCGAUUCUUAUGUUAAUGUUAGAUUUUUGGAUGUGUAAGUCGGUAGCGUAAGUUUGACCCAUUUAUUAAAUGUGAAUAAUUUAUUA